CCAAACCCAAACCCUAGCUAAUGUGCCUAAACCUAAACCACGAUCGCCCCUCUCUCUCUCUCUCUCUCUCUCUCUCUCUCCCUUCUCCGCAGCACCGAAGUUUCGUCCACGGAGUCUGCAAGGUAGAACUUGAAGAACCAUGAAGUUAUUUCAAAUUACCAAGGAAAGCACUCUCUCCCUCGCUCUCUUUGCUGAUGUUACAAAUAGCAGGGAACUUGUUGAUUCAAUGCAAUGUGGAAAACUACAGCCUGAAGUAGCUCUUCUGAAUGCCCAGCUAAUACCAGAUGUUUUUCCUGUUUUAGCAGCAGCGCACAAGGCCCUUCUCUCAAAAUCAAGGGAAUCCCUAACAACCCGCACUCUUCAUUCAGAGCUUGUUUAUAAUUAUUCUGGGUCUAAACAUAUAACCGAGUCCUUGAAGCGUUGUGGAAUUUCGGAUGAAACAAACUACAUCCUUGCAGCUCGUUUCAAUGCUUCUCAUGAUGAGAUGAAAGAUGUGGAGAAGCUCAUCAAUGGAAAAGAGAUUGAUUUGGCGGAUCUAGAGGCGAGAGCGGACCAACCCCAGAUUCUGAAGCAUUACAAAAUACCUGCCCAGGAGUUGGCAAUAUCUUCACUGUCUGAAGCAAUCACGUGCAGGAUUUCUGCUCGAGAUGCUCUAUGAAAAAUAUGAGAUUCAUCUGACCUCUUUUUACAUAUAUAUAUAUAUUAGUUCUCAACCAGCAUUGCUAAAAUGACUGACACUUUUUAUGAUCGUGCAUCUGCCGAGUCUACGGAGGAUUAUUCUGCUCGUUUAGAUGUAAUUAUUGAGCUAAACAAAAACUUUAACCCAAAGUUUAGUCUAUUGCUUAGAAGAUGGGUUGAAGUCGUGAAAAUUUUCUUUUGUGUUUGUGUC